AAAUGCUUACUUUCAAAAUGAUUUAAGUCAAAAUUCUCGCUGACACACAACAAGACACUAGUGGAAAACAUACUUCGAAAAUAUGCUGCAAUCGAUGUUGUUGUUGGCGGCGCUGCUUCUUGUAAAUAUCUUUAUCGGCAUCAAGGCCGAUAUUAGCUAUGAAAUGUUCAAGGACAAGGAAUACCCCAAUCACUGUGUUGUGCUCGAGGACCGGGGCAAGGCGAUCAUACAGAGCGGCCAGGAGCGGCGUUAUCCGGGAAAGUGUGCACAUAUUGUGUGUGGCUUAGACGGUUGGGGUUUGGUCUACACAUGUGAACGUACUACGCCGCCGGAUAACUGUGAGUUUGGUGAUUACAUAAACUUUAUGGCUGAUUUCCCCGAGUGCUGCGAACGUGUCGUGGUUUGCAAUGAUGCGUAUUAGUUUAUUUUAGUUGUUUUAUUAAACCAAUCAAUUGAAAA